AUGGACACGCUCGAACGAAUCCUCUCCCGCCCUGUCGCGAAGCCCUACCGAUCCCGCGGCAUCAAAGACAGCGGCCAGCCAUACCUCAACGAGGACGGAUGCCUCGACUUCGCCCCGAACGACAUCGAGAACCCGAAGAACUGGUCGAAGGUGAGGCGAUGGUACGUGACUUUCGCCUCCGUCCUGCUCGUCGUCAACGCGACCUUCGCGUCCUCGUCGCCCUCGGGCUGUCUGCCCAGCAUAAGUGAAGAACUGGGCGUGAGCACCGAGGCGGCGGGUUUGGUCAUCACGCUGUUCCUGCUCGGAUACUGCUUUGGGCCGCUCUUCUGGGCGCCGCUCAGCGAGUUCUACGGCCGCAGAUGGAUCUUCUACACCUCCUUCAUGGGAUACUUUGCCUUCAACUUCUUAUGCGCCUUUACGCCCAAUUUCGCUGGACUGUUAGUCGGGCGCUUUCUUACAGGCACCUUUGCGAGCGCGGCGCUGAGCAAUUCUCCUGGCGUACUGGCAGACAUAUGGGGCCCGGUCGAGCGAGGCAAUGCGAUGGCCAUCUUCUCCAUGAUGACCUUCGUAGGACCGUCGCUUGGGCCAGUCGUUGGAGGCUUUAUGCAACUGAAAGAGAACUGGAGAUGGAUUUUCUACGUGCUUUUAUGGCUGUCAGCUGGUACUAUGCUCAUGUUGUUCACCUUACCGGAAACUCUGCCGAGCCAGGUGCUGCUGAACAAGGCGAGGCGGUUGCGGCGUGCGAAGGUGCCCGGCUACGAGAACAUAGAGGCACCGAUUGAACGGACAGACCGCUCGCUUUCCGGCCUCUUCAAAGUGGCGCUUACUCGACCAUGGGUCAUCUUGUUUGAUACCAUUUCCUUUCUGGUCGCUAUUUACCUUUCGGUCGUGUACAUGCUGCUGUACAUGCUGUUCACCAUCUACCCGAUUGUCUUCCAGCAACACCGUGGCUGGAACGCUGGCGUGGGAGAGUUGCCACUGAUUGGCGCAGGCAUUGGAGCCGUCUUGGGUGGCUUGUACAUCUUCUGGGACUCGGCGCAGGCGAAGAAGAAGAUCCUGGCGGGUGCCGAACGGCGGCCGGAAGACCGUCUGACGGUGGCCAUGGCCGCCGGGAUCUUGUUCCCGGCAACCAUGUUCUGGUUUGCUUGGUCUGGCGAAUACAACUACGUCCACUGGAUCGUCCCGACCAUUGCUGGAGUCUUUCUCUCAGCAUCUAUCAUUCUCAUCUUUGUCGCCUACCUCAACUAUAUCACAGACGCUUACUUGCUCUACGCCGCCAGCGCCCUGGCAGCAAACACCGUCGCCCGCAGUGCCGCUGGUGCGGCAGCACCACUGUUUACUGAGUACAUGUUCGACGCCCUCGGCGUCGGCGGAGGCGGAUCGCUCAUCGCCGGCGUGGCCUGCCUGCUCGCGCCCAUCCCGUUCGUCUUCUACAAGUACGGCGAGGGCAUUAGGAAGAGGAGUAAAUUCGCGCCUACGGAGAAGAAGGGUGAAGGGGAGUCAUCGGAGUCGGCAGGCAGAGAUGGCCAUGGCCACCGACGAUCAAGGAGUCAGUACAGUACGAGUGAGGAGGAGGAGGCCGAGCUGGACGAUCAGGCGGGCGUGCCGGAUCCGGAGGAGUUGGAGCGGGAGAUUGAGAAGGAGAGGUUGAAAUCGGCAGCGAAAACUGGCUCUAGCGGGAAGACUGGGGAGACUGGGGAUCGGGUCUUGGAUGCUGAAGUCGGAAGCGCCAGCUGGCUCUAG